CCAUGGCCAUUCAAUGGCGCGCUUUCCCCCCUUUCUCUACCACUUCUCUUCUUCUUCCUCCUUAUAACCAGGCAAUAGAAGAGUAGUGUCUGAGAAGGAACCCCACUUCCUUCCUUUCCACACACUCCUCUCUCGUGGCCUUCUUUAGGUAUAAUCUCUUCUGCUACAAUGUCCGUGUCGAGCUCCUGCUUGUUGCUCCUCGCGCUCGCGGCUUUGGCGGUCGCUUCGCCACUCGCUGUUGUGGCGUGGCGGCCAUGGCCGCACCACUUCGUUAGCAGAAGCGCCGUCAAUGCCACCGCCGCCAUGAGCACUGGCGGUGGCAGCGGUGGGAGUGUAGACACCGGGGGCCUCGGGGUGUCGAAGAAGUACGAGGGGUCGUCGGAGUUCGUGAAGCUUCGGUACCACAUGGGCCCCGUGCUCACGGCCAACGUCACCAUCCAUCCCAUCUGGUACGGUGCUUGGGCACCGGCUCAGAAGCACAUCCUCCGUGCCUUUCUCCGCUCCAUCUCCGCCGCGUCCGCCCCUCACCCUUCCGUCGCCGCCUGGUGGCGCACCGUCCGCCUGUACACCGACCAGACCGGCGCCAAUGUCUCCGCCACCGUGCUCCUCGGCGCGGAGCGGUCCGACCGCCACUACUCCCGCGGCCGCGCCCUCACCCGCCUCGCCAUCCAGUCCGUCAUCCGCGACGCCGUGACCGCCCCCCGCCGCCCCAUCCCUGUCAAUCCCCGCGGUGGCCUCUACCUCGUCCUCACCUCGUCCGACGUCGCCGUCCAGGACUUCUGCGUGCAGGCCUGUGGCUUCCACUACUUCACUUUCCCGGCCAUCGUCGGCUACACCCUCCCCUACGCCUGGGUGGGCAACUCCGCCACCCAGUGCCCUGGCAUCUGCGCCUACCCCUUCGCCGUGCCGCCCUUCGCUGUCGGCCUCCGCUCCGCGGAGCGCCCGCCCAACGGCGACGUCGGCGUCGACGGUAUGGUCAGCGUGGUGGCGCACGAGCUGGCGGAGAUGGCCUCCAACCCGCUCGUCAACGCGUGGUACGCCGGGGAGGACCCCUGCUUCCCCACCGAGAUCGCCGAUCUCUGCGAGGGCAUCUAUGGAACCGGCGGUGGCGGAGCCUACACCGGCCAGCUGCUGAUCGACUCUCAUACCGGCGCCGCCUUCAACUUGCACGGGGUGGGCGGCAGCAAGUUCCUGGUGCAGUGGAUUUGGCACCCCUACUUGAGCUACUGCAGCGGACCCAACGCACUCGAUCACCAGUAACCUUCCUACCACUGUUACCAGCAGGAAGUCGUAAGAAGAUGAAGCCUGCCUCAUGCGCUACCUAAAUAAGAAAGUGGAGGAAGACGACUGAGGAGAUGGUGUAGGAGUAGGGCUUUGUGUACAGAGAGGGAGGUGGACGAAGGUGGGAGACAGAAGCUGCUUGCUCAUGCUUUCGCUGCUAGUGUGUGUUGUGUUCAUAGUGUCUUGGGCUUCUCACUCAUUGCAUCGCUUUCCUCUUCCA